CUUACUUAUGUAUAAAGCUCUCCUUCGAAAUCUCAGGGUUGCCUCGCACAAGCUUUACCACCCAACCUUCUGACUCAAUCCACGUUGUGGGAGCACCAUGGAUCCCGACCAUAACUUGCCUUACCGUGACACCCCCAUUGAGCACUCUGCUCAGCCCCAAGUCCAGCGGCAACAGCCAUUGCCAUCACUGGGAUCUGCAGACAGCGGAGGUCGUCCACAGACUCAGACAUCGGCGACUGAGAAGCCCCUACUUGACAAUCGUAGUUCAGAGGGACAAUCACCGGCUCGUGAUCGCAACGAUCCAUAUGCGGAUUUUGAGCCUGUCCCUCAGGCUCCAGCUACGAGAAGCGGGGACGGUCAUAUGAUGCGUGGACUGUCGCGGCGCACAGUUAUGACAGGCCAGGAUCCUAUCAGCGCUGCUGGCCUGGGCUGGAUAGUACCUGUUGAAGAGAAACCUCACCGACGGACCAUAGGAGAGCGACUCGAUCCAAGUAUUGCCAACGCGGAGAGGGAGAGGGCGCAAUACGCCAUAAAAGCAAAGAUGACAGGCUACGCGUUGAACAUCGCGAUAGGUUUACAAAUUUUGCUUGGGGCACUUACUACGGGUCUUGCGGCGGCAUUGACCGGUAAGCAGGUUUCGAUCGGCACAACCCUUCUUGGUGGCAUGUCGACCUUAGUUGCUUCCUAUCUCGCUCGGGCACGGGGAUCAAAUGAACCAGAACUAUCCAUCACUCGCGUGAAGGACCUAGAUCAAUUCUUAAGAGAUUGCCUUGCCUUCAAAAUGGACCACGGACAUGAAUAUGGGACAGCCGACAACGGGCUGAAUAAUCGACUUGAACUUCUCAGAAGAAGGUUUGAAGAACUUCUUGGAAAUGCUGAUGGGCAGCGGAAACUUUCUCCACCUGUUUGAGUUUAAUUGUAUGUACAACUGUCAUUCUAGUAUUUUAUCCACAAGCCAAUACGUAGCUCUAAUGACUCACAUUAUUGGCUGCCCCGAAACGCUCUGCAAACGGUUUGUUGCUGGCAUCGGAAACCUUGAGUCCUUCACACUUAUCCACCACAUUGGG